CAAAAAAUUUCCCACCAAAAUUACACUUCAUAUUCCGCCAAUUCUCACAAGUCCAAGAUUGAAUAGUACUUGGAAAACCCUAUAGGAAUACAUAGCAAAAAUAGUGCUUGGAAAACCCUACAGGAAUAAGUAGCAAAUCAGUUUCCACGCAACCGCUGCUCUAAUACCCUCAAUUGCUGCUUCUCUUUCUACGUUUGCUUCAUCCUUGGUUGCUGCUCUUCUAUUGCUUUUAGAAUUGUGGUGCUCAUUCAACUAAAAAAAAUUGUUGACUAGAAAUUUUGAAGAAGCAGAUAAAUACUGAACAGGAUAAAUCAAGCAGCAGCUCUAAAGAAAAAGGUUUCGAAUCCAAACAAAGCUGAAAGUCCAAUGAAGAAUAUAGGUUUUGAUUUUCAAUACCGACCAAGUGCCGAAUUGGCGAAAAAAAUUCAAAUUAAGAGAGAAAAUCUCGCAAGUAAUCACAAGGAUAAAGUUAUGAAAGAGCAGGCAUCACUUAGAUUUAAAAGAAAGAAUAAUAUGCCUACAACAACAGAAGGACAAAGAAGACAGAGGUUAACUGAAUCCGAUGAAUCGGUUCAAAAGUUAGGAAUGAGUAAAUUGCCUAUAUACAAAUCAAUGAUCCAACCGCCUUCCAGGGAAGAUCUGAACACUUCACAUAACAUUGCAACUAGAGGACAAAGUAAACAGAGGUUAGUUCAAUUGGAGGAGCAAACUCAAAAGCAAGGAAUGAAUAAAUUACAUGCUCCAGUCAUCUUCAAAAAAAAAAAAAAUCUUAACACUUCACGUAUGAGUGGAAGAAAACAAGGUGAAGGAGAGAAACAACUUGAUAUUCGGGAGCAACAAAACUGUAAAAGGUAAAGACAAACUCGGUCAUACCGUCGACGAGUCUAAAUCAAUUUCUAAAAAAAUAUGGGAUACACGUUGGUGGUGAAAAUUCUCCUAAUAUCCAACCAGUAGAUGAAGUCAGAUUUAUGUCAUCCCCUGUUGUUGAUGAGCAUGAAAUAGAAAUGGAUAAUUUUGAUGCACAAGCAGGAGUUGGUGACGAUGAGUUUGUUAGAGAUGAGGAUGUAAAUAUUGAUAGUGCUGCAGAUGGGAUAUUAGAGAAGAAAAGAGUUCAAGGGCAAACGACAAGUAAUAAUAUUCAUGCAAGAAGUUUUGAAGAAAGAGAGGAGGUGACAUUUGACAAAGGACAAGCAAUGGGACCAACUGACAAGAGAGUGUCUGAUUUGACCAACUUUAUAGGAACAAUUGCAAGAAAUCCAAGAUUUAUCACCUUGGUGCAUACUAGUUGGCAUGCUGUGUCACAUGAUAUUAAGCGACGAAUGUGGGAAUAUGUCAAUGUAGGAACAAUCAAUUUUUUAAAUGUAUACUUUUUUGUAUAUUUCCUACUAAGUGAAGAUAAAUAUACGUUAUUUUGCAUAGUCCAAGUUCAUAAUUCCAGCAGAAGGAGAGAAGUGGGUAAUGACCGGUCUUCUGAUGCUUGGAGGCGACACAAGAGAAAUAUUAAGAUGAAAUAUUUCAAUAAGAAUGCUACUGAUGAAGAUAUGCUACAAAAUCGUCCGAAUGAGAUACCAGAAGUUCAAUUCCGCCAAUUGAUUGAGUAUUGGAAGGAUUCAGAUGUCCAACGUGCAACCAAAGAGAACAACGAGGAACCAUCAAAGUCCGAAAUGUUUAUUGCAACUCGUACAAAGAAAGGAAAAGAAGUUCAUACAGAUACUCAAGUUGCAAUAUCUGAACUUCAGAAUCGUCAAAGUUUCGGAGAAACAACAGAUGAUGCAUUGAGGGCUGUGUUUGGAAAGGAGCAGCCUGGUCGGGUUAGAUGCUAUGGUAGAUCGGUGACGACAAGCUCUCUGAAAAAAGAUGAAGAAAUCACCAAGCUUAAACAAAAGCAUGCCAAUGAAAUGACUUCUCUGAAAGAAGAAAUGAAGGAAAUGUUGAGAGAAGAAAUGCGAUCUUUUCUUAGUCAAGUGGUGCAAAACAACCAUGAACUGAAUUUUCAUGAUAUGCAAGGGUGUGCUGGAUCUAAUAUUCCUUCACCGGUUGAUGCAAGUAGUGCACGAGCUAUAAGAGGCCAAAAUCUACCACAUUCUUCUGGCUCAACUCAUACUCCGAAUCUUGAAAAGGUAUUUAUAUUUCACACUUCCAAAAACCUACCUCAAUCUUAACUUACAAAAUCAUGUUUACCCAAAUUAUUUACUUUUGAUGGUUCUGUUAUAUGAUAACGCUAGUACAAAAAAAAUUCUAGCGGCAAUAAUAAGGGCUGCAAAAUAAGUUCAUUUUUCACUUGUUUAAAGGAAAAGACAAGUUAUUCUUUAUUACCACACAAAACUAUUAGCUCUUUUCAGCGAAACAUGAUCUAGUUAAGGUAUUUGGUUAUGAAAAGAAUUCAAUUUUUGUUAGUGAGCUUCUGUUUGAUAUCUACCACCAUUAGAUGUUUCCCACUGAAACAUGUUUGUGUUUCAGUGGAAGGCCCUUGUUAUCUGUCCAUUUUCUAGCGAGUUUAAUUGCUAUUAUUAUUAAAUUAAGUGAUUGUUGCGAUUAUACAAGGAGAUAAAUUUUUUGUCUUUGAACCUAUACUUUAAAUGUAUUUUACUUUUUUCCUGUAUUGACUUGUUAGAAUGUCAUUACAGAAGUAUUAACUCACUACUGCUAAAAGCAGUUCAUUAAUAUGACUUACAAAUGGUAUAAAUACACAAUCUUAACAUUAACAUACAUAUAAUGCAAUUGUGUUAUUCUAAUUGGGAUUUACAAAGACUCUUAACAAUGCCUUUUAUUUCUUCAUGAAAAGAAUUUUUUACACUUAGCUUUUGGUUUUCUACAUUUGUCACCUCUAAUAUGGGUAGUGAACAGUGAGCACCCUCACUUUUCUAACUUAGGGGAUUAAUUCUUUUACUUAUGUUUUGAGCAUAAAUUAUAUCAUACUCUCUAUUCUUUUGCUUUUACUUCUUUAUCUGCCUUUUAAUUCUCAUAAAUAUAUCAUAUCACCUCUCUCAUUCCCCAUAAAUUUUGAGUCUUUUUACUGAGUUUCAUCAGUUAAGAAAAAAAUGAUAUCACUUUCAGACCUUUGCAAUGUUCUCACUGCUGUAGUUCCACUGUAUAUAGCAAUGAUCUUAGCUUAUAGUUCAGUAAAAUGGUGAAAAAUCUUCACCCUAGAUCAAUGUUCAGGGAUCAACAAAUUUGUUGCUCUUUUUGCUAUUCCAUUGCUAUAUUUUCACUUCAUUGCUUCCAACAAUCCUUAUGCAAUGAACUACAGGUUCAUAGCUGCUGACACUCUUCAAAAAAUCAUUGUUCUUUUUGUUCUAGCCAUUUGGUCAAGAAUGAGUUCAAGAGGUUCCCUUGAAUGAUCCUUUGUUAAAGGGUAUGUAUGGUGAAGCCUUAGGAAGUUUAAUGGUCCAAAUCGUUAGGUUUUACUCUAAAAAAUAAAACUCUUACCUCUUAAAGAUCAAUAACUUUAUCACUGGCAUGGCAGAGAAGUUAAUAUCAAAUCCCCUUUUGUUCUUAAUAAGUUUAAAUUCACCAAAACAUAAACUUUAUCCCAACUUUUUGGAGCCAAAAUGCUAGCAUAUAGUAGUUUUUUUCCCUUAUACCCACUGGUCCUAGGAAGGGAGGUGCUAUUAAUUUCUCACCCCUACCAAAUCUCUUAUUAGUUUUUUCCUUAUACCCACUGGUCCUAAGAAGGGAGGAAAAUGAACAACGUGUGUUUUGUGCAGAAAAGCACUAUUCUUAACUGUCUAUUGGGGUUAUCAAUCUAGGCAAAGCUUUCUGAGAUAUUGGGAUGUAAGCAGGUUAUUAAUUUAUGUUUUUGCUUCUCUUUGGCUUGUACCUCUUUUUAUGUGUUUGACUUGGUUAUGCUUUGUAGUGAAAUAAACCUCAUUAAUUAUUAAUAAGACAUGUUGCUAUAACCAAUGCAUACUAUAUAUAGGUUUUCUUCUAAUUUUUAAUUUCAUUUUGAAUGUGUCGGAAAAUGCGGGUGAUGUAAUUGGAAAUGGUGGCCACAAAUGAAUUUGACCUAUCGACGCGAAUGAUUAAGAUUUUUUUAACGAUUGUGGCGUUUAUUGUUAUAAAUACAUUCGGUUUUGAAUAGUUCAUUGCUAGUGAACUUCUUGAAGUAGUAGUGCUUUAUUAGUAUGGGUAUAGUACUAUGCAAAUUAUAUUUUUUUGUUGAAGUUUAUUUCAAGUAUAUGCAUUUGAAUUAUUUU